AAAGAUCUCUCUUUGGUUUUAGUUCGGUCUCUGUAGAACCAAACGUAGCCUAGGGUUUCUUACUGUGUAUUUGAUGUUCUUAAUCUGAGUGAAGGAUUGAGGAAAGUGAUACGAAAACCCUUUUUGAUAUCAAUUGGUUCUCUGAGCUAAAACCCUUUUUGAUUGAAAUCAUUACUCAGCGAAUUUGAUAAGUUAGGAGUUGUUUGCUUGAGCUCAAUGAUCCUGGCAUAGAUAGAUACUAUUUACUGCGUCAUUGUCUUUUAAAGGUUUGUGAUUUUGAGUGGUAACCUAUACCAUUGUGUAUGUUUAGCUGGAUUAGCCUGAAUUAUGUUUCUUCUCUUUAGAAUUUUCAUUCGUUUGUGGCUAUAGUUUUUGUUAGCUUGUUGCAUCAGAACUGUACCUUGCAUGUGUUUAGAUCAAGAUCAGUUCUGGAGCCAAUGGGCUGUGUUCAUUUAUGUGGAGGGAUGCUAUAUCCAUAGAUAUGAAGUUCUAAGCCUUCUAUGGCAGUCUUUUUAUGAAGGAAGCGUAAAACAGAUCUUUCUCUACUACCCCCAUUGAAAAGGAAAUGGAAGAGGGAGGUCUUAUUGUGUAAAAUGUUCAUGGAUUUUCAUGUUCCAGCAGAAUUGUUAACUGGGGCGUGUACAAUGGGAUGAAGCUAAUAUAGUGGAGAUUGAAUCUAACAAACCUGUUAGGCAGAAGAUUACUGAACCAAAGACACCGUACCACCCGAUGAUUGAUGAUGAUGGUUCUCUGUCUCCUAGAGGAAGAGCAUUUGAUGAAUGCGUUGAUGAUAUGCAACGUGCGGAAGAACUGAGAAACAGUCUUAAUGAUGCAGCAGCUUCUUCCAGCCAGGGUUCUGGUGGUGGUGGCUGGACCUCGUCUGAUGAAGAAGAAGCAGAUCCAAUGGAUCAAGAUGAAGAAGGUUCCGAAAAUGGGAAAAAUGCACGUUUCAACGCACACAGAAAAGCACAUUACGACGAGUUUCGCAAGGUGAAGGAACUGAGAUCCUCAGGGUCUUUCUACGAAGAAGAAGAGGAAGAGGAUGAUGCUGCAAAAGGCAGUAAAUCAGAAGCAACAAGCUCAAGACACACUAAAGGUGCACAGAAAGAGUUAGCUGCAGGCACAACUGUAUCAGAGAAGUCAUCUUCAUCCCCAAGUUAAUAUCAAAACCUCUCUGUUCAAUCAAAUUUGUAUACUCUGGUCCAGGCUUUACAGAGCUCUCUAUCUCAAUCUAAUGUGGGUUUAUAUCUACUUGAAUCCUUCUGAAAAAAAGAAAGAAGAAGAAAAAAAAACCCAUCAAAAUUCUGAAAUUAUGUUAUUUGUCUUUAUACCAUUUAUAUACAAUUGCUUACAGUCACUUUUGUUC